AUGGCGUUGAUAGCUGACAUACGUCAGAUGUAUCAUCAAAUCGUGAUGGAAGAAUCAUGUCGAAGAUACCAGCAUAUUCUAUGGAGAUUUUCUAUCGAGGAUCCAAUUGAAAUUUAUGAGUUCAAUUGUGUCGUGUUUGGAGUGUCUUCAUCGCCGUAUUUGGCCUUACGUACAGUACACCGCUUGGUAGAAGAAGAAGGUGAUAAUUUCCCUGCUGCAUCCACAUGCAUACCCAGUGAUAUGUUUGUCGAGGAUCUUGUCACUUCAGCACCUUCUUUAUCAGACGCUAACAAUAUUCAUAGUCAGACCAAGGAGCUAUUCAAGCGAGGUGGCUUCGAAUCAACAAAGUGGCGAGUAGAAUAUCUUCAUGAGCUUCAGGAACGAGGAAAAUGGUGGAAAUCGUCUACUCCACUUGAAGUAGGCACUGUUGUAAUUGUGGAUCAGCCGAACCUCCCUCCACUGCAGUGGCCACUAGGUAUCGUGGAACAAGUUUUUCCAGGGACGGACGGCCAAGUGAGAGUGGCUCUGAUUGAAGUGUUUAAUGAAUGUCGUGAAUAUUUGGGAGAAGCAAGGAGCGGUGAAAUUAAUAUUGCCAAGCAGCUUGUAAUCAUCGCCAGGCCACAGUAUCAGAGUAUCAGAAAGGUAUUUCCUUUCCCAAAGGACUAUGAGGUAGACCUUUACCUGAGACAGAAGUGGCAGGACGAGCGACUGAAACAUGCUGACAUAACAGAAGUCCUCGACCUGAAUGACCCCAACCUAGUGAAGGCCAUCUGGAAACCAGAGGUCUACUUUCCCAAUGCCAAACAUGCCGAGUUUCAGUUCGUCACUGUUCCAAACGUGCUCAUACGAAUCAAUCCUGAUGGAGAGAUUUUAUACAUGCUCAGGCUAAAACUGACGUUCUCAUGCAUGAUGGAUCUCUCAAAGUUUCCUUUAGACAGUCAAAUUUGUACCAUGGAAGUGUCAAGUUUUUCGAAAACGACAGAGGAACUGAGACUUGAAUGGAAGUCACUGAAUCCGGUGAUAAUGGGAAAAGGCCUCAGAAUGCCGCAGUUCGAAAUCGUCAACAUUAAAGCGGCUGAAUGCCAGGAAUCUUUUCAAAUUGGUAACUAUAGUUGCCUGGUAGCCGAAUUCUACCUGAGUCGAUCAGUGGGCUUUCACCUGGUGCAAAGCUACCUGCCAACCAUUUUGAUAGUGGUCAUUUCUUGGGUGUCCUUCUGGAUGGAUGUCGACUCUGUGCCCGGCCGUACCACGCUUGGAGUUACCACACUUCUCGCUGUUUCGUCGCAGAGCUCAGGUAUCCAAAGUGGUCUACCCCAAGUCAGUUAUGUCAAGGCGAUUGAUGUCUGGAUGGGGACAUGUACAGCGUUUGUAUUCUGUGCCCUACUAGAGUUCACAUUUGUGAACUACAUGUGGCGGAAAAUAGCUCCUGAUUUCACGCACAACAACGUUCAGCCAACAGACUCCAGGACAAACGGCAAGGAUAUGCUUUCCAAUGCUAUUGCUUUGAAUCUGGUUCGGAAGAGCACCGUUCUCCAAGGUCAACUGACGAAAAACAUGAAAACCGCUCGAAAGAUUGACGAAUAUUCGAGACUCCUGUUUCCACUGGCUUUUGCCAUGUUCAACAUACUCUACUGGACCUACUACUUGCGCUGAUUCCGCUACCGUCCAGAAGAUGGGCUACCAUGGCUCGAAACGCGUGUGCCAAACCUGUCAUCUUUCACUAUCCUGUUGUUCUUCGAUUGACCUACAGAAGUUGUCAUACAAAAAAUGAUGUUGACAAAAAUAUUUUCCUUCAAUUAUUGUCGUAAGAAAGUCGUCGUACAAAAAAUGUUGUAUUGUUGACAAAAAUAUUCAUUUUCCUCUGUUAAAACUCCAGGCGAAUGUUGGAUUGUCUCAGUAAAUCAAGUGACGAAGCAGUGUAUGAUAUCAUAACCUUAACCUU